UCGGGCGCCUGACCAAUGAGAUCGCUCGUAUUUUGUUACUUACACACUUGGUUGCCAACUCUUUCGCAGUUGCUAUCAGUUGGGAGUCGCAUUGCGCUGUUGACAUUCACAACUGGCUGGUCAAGGAAAUUACAAGACACAAAAAUGUCGGAAAGAAAAGCUGUGGUCAAAAAUGCGGAUAUGUCCGAAGAAAUGCAACAGGACGCCGUUGACUGUUCCACCCAGGCCAUGGAGAAGUACAACAUCGAGAAGGAUAUUGCCGCCUUCAUCAAGAAAGAGUUCGACAAAAAGUACAACCCAACAUGGCACUGCAUUGUGGGAAGGAACUUCGGAAGUUACGUCACGCACGAAACAAAGCAUUUUAUUUACUUCUAUUUGGGUCAGGUUGCCAUCCUGUUGUUCAAAUCGGGUUAAACAAUAGGCCGGAGAAAUUUCGGACAAUGACAGUGACCAAUACAGAUAUUUACGAAUCUCGAGAAAUAAUGUUCAAGAAUCAAAUUUUUCACAUCUUGAUUCCAGGGGAAUGAAAUGAGCGAAACGACAAUCAACAAAAUUGCUUCUGGAAUCAUAAACUCUCAUUUGCAUAUGUUUUUUGUUUGUUUGUACUUGUUCUUUUUUUUUAUGCAUUUUUUAAAAAUAUAAAUAUCUGACUGUGAUAACACAUGGUGUAGUCAUCCAUGACUUUGAAUCUGCAUUACUUAAUUUUGCUUCCACAUUGUAGGAAAUUGUGUCUCGCUCUUUUUGCUCUUCUCAACACUUACGGAACAGCAGCGCCACAUGGCGGGAAAUGAAGAAAGAUUUCUCCAUUUGAAAUUUUUGUUAUCGUUAUCUAAAAUAAAAUUUAUUUAAGACCA